AUGGCAUCGGUCACGCCGGCUGGGCAUGCCGCUGGACAUUCGCAGGCUGGCACUGUCGAAGCACAGCAGGCUACACCCGAACAGAUGGCCGAGAUUCGACGGCUUGCACAAGUGAUUGCGCGUCUGUUCUACGAAGACGGACAUAUUCUCGUGAUGGACCAGCUCGUUAGUAUCGCUGCGAUUCCCGCAGAAGUGCUCGCUCGCCGUAUUGGCAUGCAGACGCGUGACUUGACGUCGCUGGCAACGAAACUCGUGCAAGACCGCAUGAUCAGUGUGCAUCGGAACCAAGAAACUCGCGAAGGCCCGUUCCAGCGGCCCAUCACACGUACAUAUUUUUACAUGGACUACAAACAUUUUCUAGACGUCACAAAAUGGCGCAUGAUGGCCAUGCGUCGACAUAUCGACACAAAAUUGAGGAAUGGACUUGACAACAAGGGAUACGUGUGCCCGCGGUGCCGGCAUUCAUAUUCAACACUGGAGGUAGCGCAUCUCCUAGACCUGACGCGAAACAUGUUCGUAUGCGAAGUGCCGGGCUGUGGCACGGAGCUUGUCGAUAAUGAAGACGCAGAAGAUGUGCGCAAUUCCAAAGACACACUCACACGCUUCAAUGAGCAGCUAAGCGUUGUACAGCGGUCUUUGCGCAGUGUCGAGGGUGUUGCACUUCCUUCGCUCGAUAUUCACGCAUGGCUAGCGAAAAAUAGCACAUCCCCUCCGUGGCAGCAUGAGAUGGUUCGCAACGAUGCUGCACUCGCACCAGGCUCCGUGUCUACGCCAGCACCCAAAGCGCCAGCUGUGCGUAUAGAAAUGGAGCAUGAUGUUGCACACGAAGAGGUGGAAAAGGAGAAACUGCGCACACUUGAAGAAGAGCGGCAGCGUGUGCAAAACACGCUGCCCUCUUGGCACCUUGCAUCUACCGUGAGCGGGGAGCGGACCGGCCUCGGUGCAUCCGAGUCACUCCGACGCGCAAAUGCCAGUUCCAACGAAUGGGAUGAUGUGAAGGAGGUGGUGCAAGACACGGGCACUGCUCAGGAUGAUGAUGUGGACUAUUAUGCACGCUAUGCAUCACAGGCCCAGGAAGCAGCUGUCAACGCAAAGACAAGCACUAAGCGCGAGAUCGAUGGAAGCAUGGGAACAGUAGACGUGGAUGAUACCAAUGAUCUCAUGUCAAAACGUCCGAGGUAUGAUGAUGGAGACAAGGACACACAGCGAACGGAAAACCACGUCCCAAUCGACCAAAGUCGUCCAAAUAGGGAGACUGAUGACGUGGGUGAUGAUGGCGAAGAUGAGAUGGACGAUAUGGAGGACGUCAUCUAA